CCCAUGAAGAUGCUUUUCUCCGGCUAUCGGGCCAGCCUCAAGACCAAGGCCGCCGAGACCCUUGCCCAGCUGGCGACGCUGGAGGAUGCUGAGAAGACGGUUGAGGAGCGGCGCACCCUCUUGUACAACCAGGUGGUGACCAGCUACCACCGGGCCAAGAUCGAGCGGGCCGCCUUGGCUCGUGAGCUGGAGGUCGUCAAGGGUGAGCUCUACGCUUCUUUCGACUUGAUGUCUUAUUUUCUUUUUAAUCUUGGUUGGCUGAUAUUUCUUUCCGGCCGCCCCGCAGCUGAAGCCGCCAAAGUCCCGCAGCUGGAGUCGGAUCUCCGAGCCGCUCGCGCGCAGUGCGCCGAGAGCGAGGAGGCGGGCCGAUCCGCCGCCGGCAAGCUCAAGCUGGCUGAGCAGGAGCUGACACGGCUGCGCCUGCUGGAGAAGAACCACAUCACCGAGCUCAACUCCCUCAGGACGGCGGAGAAGGAGAAGGUGGAUGAUCUGAGCCGGCGGCUGUCGGAGGUGGAGAAGCAGUGGCUUGCGCUGCAGGAGGAGGUCACUGCCAAGUCCACGGAGCUGACGGCUACCGCCAAGCGUUGGACCGACGAUUUCAGCGCGCUUGAUCGCGGCUUGGCGGCGGCCUUCCCGGAGACGCAGGAGGCGGCUUUGGCAGCCGUUGGCGUCGCGCGCGAUUCCGGGAGGCGGGAAACCGGCGAGGGCAGCUCGGAGGUUGAAUGA